AUGAAUCAUAAUGAUAUUAUCUACAAUCAGCCAAUAGUAAUUGAUAAUGGUUCCUGUAUUAUAAAGUCCGGUUUUAGUCGUCAAGACAAACCAGCAGGUUUUGAAUAUAACCUUACAGGAAUGCCAAAAUAUGACAAAAUAAUGAUCACGGGUCAGUUGGAAAACUUGGACAAAUAUAUUGGAAAUCGUGCCCAAAGUAUUCGAGGUUUAUUAAGGCUUCAACAUCCCAUGAAUCGCGGAGUAGUUGAUAAUUGGGAUGAUAUGGAACUACUUUGGUGGCAUAUCUUUAAUGAUACAUUAAAUGUCCAAAAUAUAGAGGAACAUCCACUAUUGAUUACUGAGGCCCCAUUGACUAUUGAGAAGCAAAGGCAUAUAAUGUGUGAAAGGUUAUUUGAAACAUUUAACAUACCGUCGUUAUACGUGGCCAAUCCAUCUGUAUUAUCACUUUAUGCAAGUGGUAACACCACUGGUUGUGUAGUGGAUUGCGGAGAUGGGUAUUGUAGUUCAACACCUAUUUAUGAAGGUUUCGUCUUACCGGCUUCGAUAAGGAAGAUGGAAGUCGGGGGUCGAGACAUCACUGAACAUUUACAAUUCCAAAUAAGAAAGUCUUCUGGUAUAUCUCUAUAUUCAAGUAAUGAGAAAGAAAUCGUUCGAACUAUCAAAGAGAAAGUCUGUUAUAUUUCUGAAGAUUUUAAUAAAAGUGAAGAAAGCUACUAUCUGAGGCAAGACGAAAUGUCAUGUAAAUUCAAAUUACCAGAUGGAAAGGAACUGACGCUUAAUAAGGAGAGAUUUAGAUCGCCGGAAGUUCUAUUCAAUCCGCAACUGAUGGGAUUGGAAAAUGAAAAUGUUUCUGCAAUGUGUUUCGAAAGUAUCUCGAAAGUGGAUCUUGAACUACGCCCUAAACUAUUCUCGAAUAUAUUAUUGACCGGAGGAUCAACUUUAUUCAAGGGAUUUGGGAGUCGGUUAUUAGGCGAUCUGCAAGAAUUGACUAAUAAUAGAGCCAAGAUUAAGAUCCUUGCACCUCCUGAAAGGAAGUACACUUCUUGGAUAGGUGGUUCGAUUCUAACCGGGUUAUCGACAUUCAAAAACCUGUGGGUUACGAAAUCGGAUUGGGAAGAAAGUAGCGGUCAAAAAUCUUUUUUCUGA